AAUCUGCACUGGAAAAGGUGGUGGGCGCAUCGGACAUCGGAGCGACCGACGAUGAUUUGGUGUGCGGGGGGUUCCUCCUUAUGAUCUCGUGCGAUGCACAGGGCCGUGUGACUGGCAUGAGUAUGGAGGGGAUUUAUAAUAUGUUCAGCCAGUCCUCAGCGCUCCACUCCUCUCCACUCCUCUGCACUCCGCUACAUUCACUAGCAUGGUCACAGCCGUCAGUGGCGGAGCCAUUCCUUCCUCCUUCGCCCGGCUUAAGAAGCUACGGCAUCU